AUGUUGAUGAGCAAGGCCCCUAAAUUAGGGAAUUUAUUGAGUAAGAACUCAAUUAAAAUUGUGUCAGGAUCAAAAUUAAGAUGCAAUUUAAAAUAUAUUAAUGUUAGAUAUAUUAGUGAUACUCCAGAUAAAGUUUUCACUAAAUUAUCUGAUGAAAACGAUCCACAAAGAGAUGCCUUUUUCAAAUAUUCCUGGGGUUCUUGGAUGAAGAAUGAUGCUAUUGAAAAGGAGAAAAGAGUCACUAAGUUUUCAAUUGAAGGUCUAAAUGAUGUUCUUAAUGAUAUUUAUGAGCAGACUAAGGUUGAAGCUAAGGUUACUAAAGAAGGCGCUAUUAAGCCACCUUCCUUUAAUAAAAAUUUAACAGUUUCUUUACCACAUAAUUUAACAGUUAAAAAUAUUGGAGUUAUUAAUCCUAAUGAAAAGGUUCAAAUUACUUCAAUGGCCAGUAUCCACGAAGGUAAACAUCAUCGUAUUUACAAGAUUGAUACCAAUUUAGGAAAGUCCUUCGUAUUGAGAGUUCCAUAUGCUUUGGAAAAUGAAGAUACAAUUGCUCAAAGAUUAAAAAGUGAGGUUGCCUCAAUGGAUUUUGCUGAUUUGAAAUUAGGUAUUAAAGUGCCAAAGACUUAUUGUUUUGGUAUCAAUGGUUUGAAUCCUAUUAGACAGCCUUUCAUUUUGCAAGAAUAUAUCGAUGGUAAAUUAUUGAUGAGAGAUUGGAGUCCAUUGGAAAAUGAUACUUCCGACGGUAAACCACCAGUUGCUUUACAAGAUGUUAUUAACAAAUUAUCAGAAUUCCAAUCUAAAUUAAUUUCUAUGAAAUUUAAUGGUUUUGGUUCUAUUUAUUUUGCAAAAGACGCAGAAGAAUUGGAAAAUGUUCCAGAAUUAUAUGAUAAUGAAACAAACGAGGAAUUGAAAGGUAGAUGGAAAUUAGGUUACAGUGUCGAACGUUGUUUGUGGAAGAAAAAGUCAUUUUUACCAACUGAUAAGUUGAAAACCUUUUUAGGGCCAUGGUCUAUUAACAAGCCAACUGAUAUCAUUCGUGCAACUGGUUUAUUAGAAGCUGAAAAUGCCAAGGUUAGAUUAGGUCUAAAGGAAGCUGACUCUUCAAGCGAAGCUGUUGAAUCAGGUGUCCUCAAGUCACAAGUUGCAACUUUCGAAAAUUUAGUUAAGCUUGCUCCAAGUUUGAUAAAUUCCGAAACUAAGAGUAUUCCAAAUAUUUCUGAUUUGUUGUUACCAAGAUUAAAGCAUCCAGAUUUGGAUCCAAUGAAUGUUUUAGUCACUGAAAACAAUGAAGUCUAUCUAUUAGAUUUUGAAGGCUCAUCUAUUAAACCUCUAAUCUUACAAAAUGCUCCCCAAUUUGUUGCCUACGAUGGACCAAAGGUUUACAACAUUGAAAAAGAAGUUCCUGAUUAUGAGAAAUUAAGUGAUUCUGAGAAAGCACAAUACGAAUUUAUGUACAAGCGUACUCGUAAUCAAUUUUUAUGGGAAAUGGCAUUUAAUAAGACAAACCCUGAAUUCAUUUCAAUUGUGGCUCCACCAGUUAAAUUAUUAAGAAGCCCAUAUAUUGCUGCAAUCGAAAGAAAGACUGAUGAAGAAUAUAUCCUGGUUGAUGAGGCGAUGAUUCAAUUGAAAGAAAUAUGGGAUAUAUUCACUAAGAAUGGAUUAGUUAAAAAUAGUCCAUAUCCAAUUGAAUACACAACAGAACAACUUGAACAGCAUGGUAAAGAUUUAUUGAAAUUCCAUGAAAAAUUAAUUUCUCAACCAUUUGCAGCAACACAAGGAUGGAUUCCCCAAGAUAUGUUUGAGAAUUUAGUUGCUGGCGGUGUGUUGGUAAAGAAUAAGAGUGGUGAUUAUGAAGUUAGUUCAGAAGCACAAUCAGAAGUUCAAUCAGAAGUUCAAUCAAGUACAGAAAAUAAAGACUAA